AUGGAAAGGGAUGGUUCCGCGGGGAAAGCAGAGCCUUUUCACCAGGCAGGGGCGCGGGAGCAAUCAGGCGCAGGCGCAGCUGCGCGGACGGGAGCGCAGCAAGGGGCGCGGGGAUCACACUCGGGGGCUUGGGCUGGGCAACCGGGGGAAUGGGCGAGGGAGGCGGGGGCGGGGUGGGACGGUGACUGGCUGGGGGAGGCGCGGAGGCGCGCGGGGCCGUGGGAGGGGCGGCCGUUGGCGGUGGUGAGUCUGUUCGACGGGUGCGGCGCCAUCUGGCAGGCGCUGCACGACUGCGGCAUUCCGUUCACUGGCGUCAGCUCUGAAAUCGUGAGUGCAGAGCCGCUGGGUGUGUUGCUGCGUGUGCUGCACGCUGGGUGUGCUGCACGCUGGGUGUAUUCAGUCUUUUCCAGUCUUCUCAUCCCUCCCUCUCUUUUGAGUCGACUCAAAAGUCUUUUCCAGUCUUCUCAUCCCUCCCUCUCUUUUGAGUCGACUCAAAAGUCUUUUCCAGACCCAUUCGCAGUGGAGGUACAGCAGGACCCAUUCGCAGCGGAGGUGGUGAGGCACAGGUGGCCAGCCGUGCAGCACGUGGGGGAUAUCACCGCCCUCACACCCACCACCAUCCACUCCGCCCUUGCUGCCGCUGCUGCUGCUGCUAGUUGUGCCACUGCUGGCGCCACUGCUGGUGCUGGUGCUGCUGCCUCCGCUGCCAACACCAAAGAGCUUCGACCGAGAAAGUGCAAGGAAGCUUCACCGAAUGUUCCCGCUGGCGCCCAUGUGGACCUGCUAGUGGGCGGCUUUCCUUGUCAGGAUCUGAGCAGCAUGAACCGAAACAGGGUGGGGCUGCACGGCCCGCGCAGUGGCCUCUUCUUCCACCUCCUGCGCCUCAUUCAACAGCUCUCGCCCAGAUGGUUUCUGGUUGAAAACGUGGCGAGCAUGCAGUGGAUGGAUCGCGAUGAGAUCUCCAAGUAUCUGGGAGUGCCACCCAUCUGCAUCGACUGCGCCGACCUCACCGCACAGGCGCGGCGGCGGCUGUUUUGGACCAACCUGCCGCUGCCAGCUCAGAUGCCGCCCGUGCGCUGCCACCCGUCCACACUGCUGCAGAGCAAGCUGUGCGAUGCGAUCGCCACUGAAGACAAGUGCGGGCCAAUCAUGAAGACCAAUUACCGCACAGCUGGCAAGGGCCGCACCAAUCAGGUCAUCUGCCUGCGAUCCCAUGCCGCCCGCUUCUUCCUUUCCCACGAGAUCGAGAGAAUCUUUGGAUUCCCGCCCGGAUACACCAAGAUCCCCGCCGCCCGGUUCGCUGCUAUCAAGGCGGGAAGGAGAGGGGCGACAGGGGGGAAAGCAGGGGCGGGGAAGGGGCAAGAAAAUGGUACAGGGAAUUGGGAGUCUGCUGGGGCUGAUUGUUUGAGAGCAGUGUUUGAUGGGGUGAGGGAGGUAAGAGAGGAGGAGGGAGAGGAAGCGGAGGUGAGGGAGGUUAAGGAGGGGGAGGUGAGGAGGGUGAGGGAGGUGAGUGCAUGCAUUGCUGGGGGAGAUGGAGGAAAGGGAGGUGCUGAGGGGUUUGAUGUGGUGGGAAGAGAUGGUGGGAAGUGGGUGUCGGGCGUUGCAGGAAAGGCGUGUGGAGAGAGGGGAAAACACAAGGGCGGAGAGGCGAGGAGGUGGGUGGAGGGGAAGAGGAAUGGAGUGGCGAAUGGAGAGAGGGAGGGAGGUGGAGGAAAGAGGAGGAGAGUCUGGAAGGGGCGAGAUGGAGGAGAGUUGCAGGGUGCGGCUCGGUGUGAUGCGGUGAGAAGCGGUGAUUGUGUGGAUGCUGAUGGUGAUGAGGGUGAUGAUGGUUUUGAUGGUUAUCAUGGUGGUGCUGCUGCCAAUGGUGCUUCAGGAUUGAAGAGUGAGAAUGCGGUGAAGAGUGGUGACGUUGGGGUGUUGAAGGAGGACAAUGCGGUGGAGAACGGUCAUGCCACGGAUCAUGAAGAUAGUGAAGACGAUGUGGUUGAAGUGCCACCAUCGGUAUUGGGGGACGAAAAGGUUGGAGAAAAGAAGGGCAGAAGGGAGGACGGAGGAGGCCAGGCCAAGGCAAGCGAACACUCUUCUCCUGCUGCUGGUGAUGGUGCGUCUGCUGCUGCACCGGCUGCUGCUGGCGGCAGCACGGGGAGGUCGCUCCGAGCGCGGCCUGGCAUUGGAUUCUACAGCGAGGCAGAGCUCAUGAGGAGGGGCGUGCAACAGCAGCCCCAAGAGACGAGGCGGAGGCGGAGUGGGGCCAGUGAGAGGGCGAGCGGGAGGGCGGACGGGAUGAGUGGGAGGGAGGAGACGUGUCGGUGGGAUGAGAGUCAGCAGGAGGAGCUGCAGGAGAGGGACCGAUGGGGCCUGCUCGGGAACUCGUUUCCGGUGGCCGUGAUAUCAUACCUGCUCACGCCGCUGCUGUCCCCCUCGCUGCGCCUCUCCGCUCCUCCGUGUGCGCUGCCUGCCUGUGUGCCGCCCCAUGUCACCCGCGCCAAGUGCGCCCUCAUGGUGCCGGGGGAGGGCAGUGGCGUGCAGGGCAAUGGGCGGGCAGGGCAAUGGGCGUGCAGGGCAAUGGGCGGGCAGGGCAAUGGGCGGGCAGGGCAAUGGGCGGGCAGGGCAAUGGGCGGGCAGGGCAAUGGGCGGGCAGGGCAAUGGGCGGGCAGGGCAAUGGGCGGGCAGGGCAAUGGGCGGGCAGGGAGUGUGACGGGCAUCUCUCUGCUCCCCCCUGUGCGCUGCCUGCCCCUUGUCACCCGCACCAACCACCUCAUGGGUGCCGGGGAAGACGCUCAAUCAGCUGGGCAUCCUGCAAAUGGGAAGCGGGAAGAGAGGGAGGAGAGCGAGAGUGGUGACGAGGAGGAAGAGGAAGAGGAGGAUGAGGAUGAGGAGGGAGACGAGUACAAGGGCGAGGGGGAGGACGAGCACACGUGGCAUGGAGCAGGGCUGUAUGAGAUGGAGCAGGAGACGCACACGGCCACCAGCCUCACUGUCUUCAGCCACAGGGUGCGGAGGGUGCGCAGGGUAGCAGGCGGGGCAGGCAGGAGUGUGCACGCGGUAUAUCCGCAGCCAGGCACCGUGUGGGCGCUCAAGUGGCCCUUCAAACGGGACUUCUCCCUCGUUUUCUAUGUUCCCUCUCUUAUGCCCUUUACCCUCUCCCCUGACCUCAUUUUAUCCUUGUCUGAUUCUGUCUCGUCCUCCCUCCCUCUUUCCCACCCCCACUGCGGUAUAACACCGCCAUGCACACAGUACGUGGUAACCAGCAGCAUCGAGUUCAACCCUCGCAGCCUAUCCUCCCCAUCGCCCUCCUCCCACCCCUCCCCAACCACAUCCCCCUCGCUCCAACCCUCCCCCACCCCUUCCCGAGCCCCUCCCGCCUCCCCUACCGCUUCCCGAGCCUCCAUCCGAGCCUUCAGUGCGACGGUGCGGGCGCUGGUGCGGCGGCGCAGUGUGAAGGUGGGGGUGGGCAUGGAUCCGCUGUGGGGGGUGCACGAGCACGAGUGGCAGGUGGACGAUCUCUCUGCCUUCGCCUUUGAGGCGCCCUUCCACUUCCACAGCGACCGCCACACCCUCGUGGUGGAGCCACAGACCCACAAGGAGCCCGAGUAG